GGUACUGCCCUCGGGGCUGGGGCCAGCGGUGCUCAGAGCUCCCGGGGGUGGGGGGAGCCCAGAGAGGCUUUGGGGACGUGCCAGGUGCCUGCGGCUCGACGGGAGGCUGUUGUGUGGCGGGGAUGGGGCCUCGGGAGAUGCCACUCUGGUGCCCCUUGCCAUGCUGUCUCCAGGGCCUGCGGCCCCUGCCCAAGCCUGUUGACACCAGCGCCCGAGCCCUCUCCUGGGACAUCCCAUGGCUCCUGCCCGUGCAGUGCUCACAAAGCCUGCCCCUGCUCCCCGCUACCUCCCACAACCCGUCUCCUACCGGCCCCCAGCUCCAGGCAGCUCCUGCCCCGCUCCCCCAGGCCCGUGCUCCCUCCCAGCCAGCCCUGCUGAGCCCCCUUUUCUUCCGCUUCCUCCAGGCCAUGGCUGCAGCAGUUGCCCUCGUCUUGGCUCUGCUGGUGCUCCAGCAUGGACUGAAGCUGGAUGACCAUACAGAUGUGGCCACGUCCCAGAGGAUGCAGCAGCGUGAGGAGUAUCUGCGUCAGGAGAUGACUCGGCUGCUGCAGGAGAUUGAGAGCAGACCUGCGUGGAAAGACAUCUUCUCUUCUGUGUGGCAGCGGUGCCUACCUUGGACUCCUGUGGGAGUCCUGGUCCUGCUCGCUGCGGUCUGGUGGUGCUGCAGGAAAGUGAAGCUUGUCUCUGAGAGCUGCAGUGGUGAGGACUGCUCCAGCAGCAAGGAGGAGGACGAAGACAAAGAGGAGGAGGAAGACCGCAGCGGUGCACGCAGUGUUGCCAGGCCUCGGGCUGUGUCCACCCCAUCGCCAAGUGAGCAGACAAUUGUGGAGUCUAUUUCCGCACGUCAGCAGGGCCUGCCCGACACGUGCCAGGUGCUGAAGGAGCUGGUGGGUGAGCUCCUUGAGGUGUGCCAAGUGCUUUGCAGGAGCACUUUCAUGCCGGAGAUGCAGCCAGCCGUUGGACUGGGCAGCGCCUACGAAACCUGGAGCAUCGGCGAGAACAGCAUCGCCUACUCCCUGCUCGUGUUGCUGUGGCCACCCCCCGGGCACUCUUUCAGCCUGGAGCUGGACACGGCGGGGCAGCUGCCAGCGACCCCUUCCAGAAUCCGUGUGGAGCAGCAGUGCCUGUGCUCGAGGGAGCAGCUGCUGGGCGACGCGCUGUGCUUUCUGCACCACCCCGAGGACGAGCUGCGGAGGGAUCAGAGCUCGGUCCUCCCACGCACCCUCUGCACACUCUCCUGCUUAGACAUGGAGAAAGUCACCUGCUGGGCCCAGGGCCCGGUGAGAUCGGCCUGGCUGCUUUUGCCUCAGUCGUGCCACUGCCAGCUAACGGUGCUGCCCCCCUCCUCCCAGUCCUGCAGGUUCCAGCUGACAAGCACCUCCAAGUGGAACAUCACCGUUGAGAUGAUGUUUGGAGCGCACCAAGGCAGCUCGGACACCUAGGCGAGCCUUCAGGAGGCAGAGGCCAGCUUGUCGGGCAGCCCAGCACGGCCGCAGAGCCGCGCUGCUCUCGAGAGGCAGCUUCUCAGGCUGGCGGCGAGGUGAGGCACCUCCACCUCCGAGGUCUGCAGCUCCGCACCCGUGUGCUGGUGGUCGCAGGGGGCCGCAGGAUCUUUCUGGACCUUCUGGACGAGGGCACGCCGCGCACCCUCAGUCAGGUUGCAGACCACAGCAAGUCGGGCGGGAGCGUUGGUCUGCGUGAGGGAAGGACGGCUCUGCUGAGGGACCUGGGCAGGCCGGA